AUGGUUGUGGUCGAGUGGUUAGGAUUUUGGCCUUGGUCUCUUUUUGAUAGAGGUUCGAAUCCUUCACCGGUUUAUAUAUUUCUUUUUUCUAUUUUUUCGAUUUAUUUUUGUUUUAAGAAUAUUUUAGCGAUCAUUUUAAUAUUAAAAAAAUUUUUUCAACAGAUUUCUAAUCUUUACCCAAUUAUUUUUUCUUUGGUUCGUUGUCAUGAAUUUCGUUUUUUGGCUAUUUUACGAGAAGAAAUCAAUGCAACAGUUAAAAAUUCGACAAAACAGAUUGUAAAAGCCCAAAUUUUGACCCAUUUGGAUGCUGACACAAUAGGCUAUAAUCCAACUACUUUGUCUGAACAUAUUUGUAAAUUGACUAGUUUUCAAUGGGAUGCAACGUUGUUAGCUGUUGUUAAUUGUUUAAUUAUUUUGUGUAAUAAAAUAAAGUCAAUCCAACAAUUAAUAAUUAAAUGUGCUGAUCAAGCAGCUUUAGAAGAAUCAGAACAAUUACAAAAACAACAACAGCAGAAAAGUAGAAGUGAUUCAAUAAAUAAAUCAUCAGCACAAAAUUCUGGGACUUCAACACCUUCAAUUGGAAAUUCUGUUGGUUCUUCUAUACCUUUAGGUUUUUCUUUGUUUGUUUUUUUAGUGUUUAAUAACGAAAGGGGAGGUAUUUACUAGAUUAGAGUAAGAGCUGCGCCGAAAUUUCGAUUUUCGACGUUUUUUUUGUUUUGACGCAGCUCUGAUUAGAGGGGAUUAGAGGGACUAUUUCGAAUAAGAGGGGGAGGGACUAUUUUCUGUUGAGAGAGAGGGACUAUUUUGAAUAAUCUGUUGUUAAUCCACACAAAUCCUUGUUUGGGUGGCCCGGGUUGUAGAGAGAGAAAUUUUGGGUCAAAUCUCAAUGAAUA